UUUGAUUCAUCCUUGACGGACCACAAGAAUGGUGGCGCACUCAAGCUUGCUUGCCCACGUUGGCCCACGGACACGCGUACCGCGCAUUCCUUGCAGCUGCGAGGUUCUGCCACGAAAGAGCGCCAUUCAUAGAGAACCGGGGUAGAGGCGAGCAAGCUGCGGGAGGGGCGGGCAUCAUCAGUCUGAGAGCUAUGUCAUCACUGCAUGCUCCGGCCGUCACCCCGAAUCGCGCUCAAUCACGAAUGGAGUCCAUCUUCCAGGUUGGCACUCUCGAUCUCGAGAGGCCACCCGACGAGUCAUCCACGUCUCGUUGCGUCACAGUCAAGAGUCCAUAUGACCUUAGAUGAGCGUCAUGUGAAGAUGGAUAGAGAAGACAUCAUAUAUCAAGCAAAUCGCGAAGGUGAUCGAGGAUGCCGAAGGUGUGCACGACAAUCGAGAUUCGACUCAUUCCAUCGCAGCCACGCAUCCUGUUUGACCAACUUUACGAACGGCAUGACUAUCCCGUGCAUGCAUGGCUGCAUGGGCCUGCCACAAAGCAAGUUGCGAGAAGUCCGUGCGCGCGGUUUUUUACUGGGAAUGCAUGCUAGCGGUGCUCCAAGAUACACUGUUGCAGGAAGUAGAUUCCAGCACAGUCGUGAGUCACGAGUAAGAGUGAGGACGAAGAUGACGUGCUCCUCCUUGCCGCCGCUCCCUGGUUGCAGCGUACCCCUACACCCUGCGAACCAUUCGGGAGAACGUCAUCGUGAGAGGUGGGUGGUCUGAAGGGUGCGACCGACGUGUGAUGAACAAAACUUGAUACACGACACGUGCUCACCAGCAGCAUCUCGUUGAGCUUCGAGGGAGUACCGGGUAAGCCGACCCAUACCAGACCGAUGACUCUAGGUAGCCCAUGCAGCUGCGCUUGAAACGUCUUCGUCAUCGGAUUCGGUCCGAGAUGGAUGCUCUGAUUGCUUGCU